AUUUCUGGAAAGAAAAACAGAAAAUGAAUCCUCUUACCAGUUUUGAAAAAAAGCUCUAUUCUAAAGUUCCGGAACAUCCUGGUGUUUGGAAACCACACCUCUACAGAGCAACACCAAUCCGAUCGUCCAUGGAUUCAAGCGAUCCUCAUCUGCUCGAUGGCUACAACUUUACCAAUAUUUUCCUUCAAGCACCAGCUGAGUUGCCCGUUUGGAAUCGAACGAAUGCAGAAGGUUAUGAACAAUUCGUUUCACGUCUCAACAAUCUACACAAUAGUAUUUAUCGACAAUACUUCGAAGGAAAAGAUCUAAAAAUACCUACAUUGUUGAAGGAUCAAUAUGAUUUGAGAAAUUCAACAUAUCGUAGACACUACUGUCAAUCAAUGAGAGAGCUUAAUUCGAUGAAGGUAAAAAGGAUGAACAUACGAGCCUGUAAGAUGGGCGUACCCUUGCCGGAUGGAUGGUUAUUCAAACCUACGUCAUCAGCGAAUGCACAUCGAAGCUGGGAAGAGCUGGCGGCAUUGGCAAAAGCAGCGAAUGCAAUGAAACAUAUUCAAGUUUGACAUGAAUACUUACUUAUGCCGUAAACUGUGAUAAAACGGAAGAGAC